AUUGCAGUUGGGGUAGUUGGAGUUCAUGUAGUGUUGAAUGUGGAAAUGGCACCAGAACUCGGCAGAUUAUGAGUGGUCAGAAGUGUACAGGACCAUCGACUGAGAUCUGCAUAGUCACAUCUUGUAUGGCUACCAAUCUAUCUGCUUCUCUUGGAGCAACAGUGACCAUGAGUUCAGUCUACAGUUCUGAUUUUGUUGCUGCAAAGGCUAUAGAUGGCAAUCCAAAAGAUUAUACUGGACAGAGACUUGUUGGUACUGAUUGUGCUGCUUCACAAGCUUCCUUAAAUCCUUGGCUUCGAGUUGACUUGCAAAAGGAAUAUCUUGUGUCACGUGUUAGAAUUAUUCCUAUAGGCAUUAGAGGUGAAAAUGUGUGUGUUUAUGUUGGUAACAGCUUAACAAACGAUGGGAAUGACAACCACAAUUGUGGAAAGGCUCCAUAUAACGGCUCUUCAUUUAUUGCAAUAUGGCGAGAUGUUAACUGCAACUCACCAGUUUGGGGAAGAUACAUUAAUUUACAGAGAAUAGUGCCAAAUCUCAUACUUCAUGUGUGUGAGGUGGCUUUCAACUAUGGUUAG